AUUGCGUUUUUAAUAGACGAAUCGAGACGGAAAAGUGUGCGUUUAGUUGCAUAACGUCUUUUGGAAAUGACGCGCUGCCGCUCGUCGUCGAAGCGUCUCCUGCGGCCGGCGCAGGUACCCGAACCGGUCGCUGCCGCCGCCGUCUUGUGUUCACUGCUGCUUCUUCUUGUGCACGUCCCAUCAACCAGGUCCUUCAGCAUAUCAUGGUUGUUCGACGAUAGCACGUACAGGGGAAUCCUGUAUCCCAAGUACGACGAUGACUACACAUCGACGACGUACGAAGCGGACGAGUACAACGACGUGCAGUCAGACGAGUUCCGCGUGUACUGGAACGUGCCCACGUUCCAGUGUCACAAGUAUGGGUACAAAUUCGACGAAGUGGCCGAAUGGGGCAUACAACAGAACGUCGACGAUAACUUCCGAGGUGACAAGAUCAGUUUGCUCUACGAUCCGGGUCUGUUUCCAGCCCUGAUGCAAGGCGGUGGUUCCCGGGCCGAUCACGUCAUCAGGAACGGCGGUGUACCUCACGAGGGCAACCUUACCAAACACCUGGAAUUAUUCACCAGAGACCUAGUCACAAAGCUAGUUCCGGACCCAAGUUUCUCGGGGUUAGCUAUUAUUGAUUUUGAACAUUGGCGUCCUAUGUAUGAAGAAAAUUUUGGAUCAUUAUCACUAUAUAAAGAUUAUUCCAUGGAAAUUGAGAAAUAUAAUCAUCCGUAUUGGCAAAAAGAAGAUCUCCAAAAAGAGGCUUCGAGAAAAUUUGAAAAAGCAGCAAUACAGUUCCUAAAACGAACUCUACAAGUUGCAAAGUCAUUAAGGCCAAAUGCAUAUUGGGGAUACUAUGGAUAUCCAUUUUGUUUCAACUAUACACCAAAGAAUGAUCAAGCAAAAUGUUCAUCAAAUGUGAUGAAAAAUAAUGAAAAAUCAAAAUGGUUAUUCGAAGAAAGUACAGCUAUUUUUCCGUCCUUAUAUUUUAAAUACGAAAAUAUGAGUUCAGAAAAGAGAUCUAGAUUUAUGCAAGGUAGAAUGGCGGAAGCAAUGCGUGUGGGAAACAUGGGUAAUACGAAAAAAAUUGUAUAUCCAUACACAUGGAUUAAAUACUAUGACACAAAACAAUUUGUAGAGAAGGCUGAUUUGAUGAAUUCGUUUUCAAUUCCGAAGAAAAACGACGCGUCUGGCGUGAUCAUUUGGGGAGCGUCAAACGACGUAAACAGCGAAAAGAAAUGCAAAGCGAUGCAUAACUAUUUGACCGGAGUUCUCGGGCCCACGCUUAAAGCAUUUUACAAGAGCAACAGGAAAGCGAUGAAGAGAAAAAGAAGAGCGAAAGUUGACAGUAUAUUCGAUUACUUCAUCUAACGUCGAAAUCGAAUUAAUUUAAGAGGGCAUCAGAGCCGUUUAUACCUAAAUACCUAACGUUAUAUUUAUGCAAUUAUUUACAUUGAGUACUUACUAUAUAUAUAUAGUAUUUACUAUACCACAGAGUUACCUACAUUUGUAAACUUUGAUUACUGCAGUAUCGCACUGUAACGUCAUUAGAUCAUAAUAUUGUUGUGUGUACAUAUACUAAAAUAGUUAUUAGUGAUUUGUGUUAUAUUAACUUAUUCUAAAAUAUUUAUUAAUUAUUUAUUGUGUUGAAAUUUGUCAAGCGUAUUAUUUAUUAGUUUCCUUAAAGCAUAAUAUAUAGGUUCAUGAUUUGGGACUAUUUAAACUAUAUAACUAUACUGGAAAUAUAUGUAUUACCUAGUCUAAUAUUAUUAUAUGGCAUUGGCCAUUGGAAAGUAAUUGAAAUAAUAAAAAAUAUAUAAAUGAACUAA